AUGACCAAUAAAGUGUACAAUAACUCACUUCCAAGGAUAUAUCGCACACAUUGGUUUCAAGCAGAGGAGUACUUUGUAGAUCAUUUACGGUAUUACGACAGUUCAAAAUGUUCAGUACCGAACUGUUUCUUGGAAACUAAUAUUUCUAAUGCAGAUAUAGUGAUAUUCAGUCAAAAACGUAUUCCUAAAAGAGUGAUCAAGAAAGAAAAAGGACAAAUUUGGGUAUUUGAUACAGCAGAAAGCCCGUAUAACACGGUGAAGCCAAAAAAAGAAUGGAUGAAACAUUUUGAUUUAUCCAUGUCGUAUAUGGAGGAAUCGGAUAUUUAUGUACCACUGUAUGGUAAGCUGCUAAAAGUGAAUGAUCCUGUCAUCAAAAACUACACCGGAAUACUCAGUGAUAAAACCAUAGACGCAGUAUGGGUUUCAGGCCACUGUCCAACCCCGUCAAGAAGAGAAAAACUGGUUGCAGAGCUAAGCAAAUAUUUAAAAGUGGAUACAUAUGGCAAAUGUGGAACUAAAAAAUGUGGCAAACAAUACGAUAACUUGAAUGGAUGCCAGGCCAUGUUUGAAAGAAAUUACAAGUUCUUUCUAUCUUUUGAGAAUUCGUUAUGUAAAGGUUACACCACAGAGAAAUUGUUUUCACUUUAUUUGAACCGUGCUCACCUAAUUCCAGUUAUAAAUGGACCUAAGGACGCUAGUCAGUAUCUCCCUACUGGAACUUACAUUAACAGUCAGGAUUUCCCUUCUGUCAGUCUUUUAGCCAAGGAAUUAAUCAGAAUAGGUUCUAAUGAAACAGAAUACAUACGUUACUUAAAAGAAAAGGACAAAUUUCUUCCUCAACCAUUCCGAAAAACCGUUUUUGAUGCGCAAUGUGAUUUAUGCAAAUAUGUAAGAGACGUAUACAACGGGAAAAAGAUGAGGAGAAACAAAUCCUGGCACAAUGUUUUAAAUCCAGACGUGUAUUGUACGACGGGUAUAUAA